AUGCUCUUCUUCUUCUUCUUCUUCUUCUCCAUCCUCGCAAAUACCAAAAUGCCAGGACCCUCCCGCCGCGUCGCCCGCGUCGCUGCCAAAAUCGUUCUCGACCAAGCCCGCCGCGCUACCUGGGUCGCGGCCGAAGCCGCCUUCGCUGGGCGUCUGUCUACGGCCGAUUGGCGUCGUUUCUACUACGCCGAGCUCGCGGCCGAAGUGGCCUUCGAGGCUAUUCUCCGAGGCUUUGGCGAAUUCCGCGGUUAG